ACGUUACCUACUUACAUCUAUCUACCUACUAACUACGUACCGUACAUACCUGUAUGUAUGUAUGCAUUUACGUACUUUCGUUCUCGUGAUCGUUGGCAAAAUUCGAUAUCGUCGAUGUUGUGCGGCGAGCUCGUUUCCUGGCAACCACCGCUUGCAACGAAUACAACGAGCAACGACGCUCGAUUACCAAAUAGCGAUCUUAUACGCGUACGUCGAGGCUGCGGAUAAGUACUCGCGUUUUCGGUUGAAUUUCAUCUGGUCGGGGCCCUUGGGCCCCUCUCGUUCGACAACGGAGUUUGCCCUCGUUUUCGUAAACCCGAUCGACGAAAUGAUUCUCGAAGCUCGGCGAACCGUCCGGUACCAAAUGUAAAGACGUGAACGAAAUGCCGGAUCAUGGCGGGAAAAGGGUUCUGCGUAAAAAUACGACUAGAGCUGCACGCCAUAACGUGUCCCGGCGUAUGGUUGUGUCCUAACGGGAAAGUAGGGCUAAGAAUAACCAGCCUCGGUAUCACUUUAGAGUCGCACAGAGUAUCACCGAUUUUUCCACUAUUAUUUCACAACGAGUUUCACUUUAAGAAAACUUUUACACGGCUGGCUGGUUUGACAGAAUUGCAACGGAGCUUGGAGCAAGAGUCUUUCUACGCAGAGUUGAUACAAUGGCUGGAUCCGUGCAGUCGACCCAUCAUUCUAGCCACGUUCGAGACCGAACUGGCGGAUCUCCUUUAUCCGGUAACUUACUGCAAACGUUUACUCGCCGGAGUGGACGUUGACCUUCUUACGGAUCCGACCAAACAUUUCCCCGGCAUUAUAGCGCCCAAAAUCGAGGUUUCGACGAAAACUGUGAUAGAAGAAGUGAAAACUCGUUACGAUCCCAGCUUUGACGGAGCGUACGUGGUGAAUCCGAAGACGAUCGAAUCUAAGCGUAACUGCUGCUCUCACAGGAAACGGCCGAUCAAAGGUAUAAUUAGGCAGAAAAAGGUUUGCCACAGUCGAGCGAAAGCCAAGAUCGAAACUUGUGUGCCCGCCAAGUACCGAUGCGAAUCCUGUCACCGCGAACCAUCAUCUCGAACAACCGCUAUUCGGUAUUGUCAUCCGAGAACGCAGAGGUCUAUCAGCGUCGAGUCUCGUCCUCGUCGUCGCGUUUCCUCUGUUUGCGACAACCUUCAUAUCUUCGAGAACUGUCCCGUCUGUUUAAAAUACAAGUGCUACUUUUCUUGUGAUCGCGAUCGGCGUCACUCCGAUAAAUCUGUGCAAAAUCUAAAGGAUUCGCGUUAUGACUUCGAUCAGUGUUGUUGCUGCUGCCGCCAUGCUCGCAUCUGUUCUUCGCUGCAGGAUGAUAAUUUGGAUCCGUGCGAAAAGGAUUGCACAACGUUGCCAGAAACAACGAUCCGAUGUGUUUCGAGGAACAAAACGAAAUCCCGUUCCAUGGAGGAACAUUUCGAUCGUAGAGGAACGAAUCGAAUCGAGAUAGAAACACUUUAAACGAUUUGUAACGAAUGUCAAAUGUUUUUUGAGAAACAUUUAAUUUUUUUACACGUAUGUACAAAAAUGAACGAAUUGAUUAAG